UGGAUUGAUGUAGAUUUGGGUGGCACCCCAUAUUGACACUUGACAGUACAUUUCUUCAACCACCCGCCAAACUGAUCUGGGGAUUUAUCCAGGGUUUAAGCGUUAUUCUUUCUCCUCAUUUAUCUCCAUGUAAAAGCUUCAAACUUUGUCUUUCAAUGGAGAUUCUUAGCUCCUCAUUUCUACCAAAUCCCAAUUUUUUCUCCUCUAUCUCAUUUCUCUCUCCUACAACAACUUCACUCGCAACUCUUAGCAAGAAAACCCCUUAUAAAUUCCGCAAAACCCACCUGAAAUCCUCCCCAAAUCCGCCAUUUUUGACAAACUCACCACUUCAAAACAACAAAAUUUCUCAUAUUAAUGCUCGUUUUGGUCGACCCACAAAGCGACGAAACUCACUGCGGAAGAAGCUCAGAGAAAGUGACUCACAGGUGCGUGAAUAUCCCCAAAAAGUUAUUGACCCAGUUCAUCAUUUUGUUGAUAAUCAAGUUAAUGAUUCAAAUUUAGGUAGUAAUAAUUUGGAAAUUGAAAGUGUGAAAAUUGGUAGUUCCCAAAUUGAUUCAGUUAGCAAUAAUUUGGAGAAAUCUAGACAAUUUGGGGAAUCUGUUUUGUGGGAUAAAUUAGAGGGUUGGGUUGAGCAGUAUAAGAAAGAUAUUGAGUUUUGGGGAAUUGGGUCUAAAACAAUUUUUACUGUUUUUCAAGAUUCUGAUGGUAAUGUUGAGCGAGUUUUGGUGGAUGAGGAUGAGAUAAUGAGGAGGAGUGGAGUAGAACCGUUGUAUUAUAGGGAGGAGAGCGAAUUCGAGGUUUUUGAUGAGGUGAAUUUGAGGCUUUCUCAUGCCAAGUUUUUAGCUAGAGAGUUAGAGAGUGGAAAGAAUGUAAUUCCAAAGAAUAGUUCUGUUACUAAAUUUGUGGUUUCUGGGGAGAAAUCAGGUUUUGUUAGUAGAAUCAGGAGUGUAUUUGUCCCGCGAACUUCACUGUCAAAGGUGUCAAAGGUUGGCAUUGCUGUAGUUUGCGGGUUUGUCUUUGUUUGGGUGAUCAAGAAGCUGUUUACGGUGGGUGGGGAGGAGACGGAGAGGACGAGUUUUGAGAAGGAAAUGUUGAGGAGAAAGAUAAAGUCAAGAAUGGAGAAAGAGAAAUUGCGAAAAGGUACUGUUGAAGUCAUGGAAGAGCCAGCUGACCCACCUAUUGUGAUCACUGAAAGGCCACUUAUUGAUAAGGAGGUGGUCUUGAACAGCAUUAGGGAAGCAAAAGGGUUAAAUAACAGUCUGGUGGUGUUGGAUGCUGGCGGCACUCGGGAGACUGCUUCUGUGGACAUGGACACCAAGAUUCAUGAGAUUCAAAUGAUGGCUAGACAUGCACGGAAGAUAGAGAGAGGAGAAGAAUCUCCAAGUGAGGGUGGUGGAGUGGAUGAACAAAUUCCAAAUGAGAUGCAGUCGGUGGAGAAAGACACGGUUGAAGGACAUGAGGAGUUGAUGAUUGAUGAAUCGGAGAAACAAGCUUCAAAUGCAUUGCCCUCCAUAGUUGAAAUAGCAAAUGCUGCAGAAGAACAUGCUGGAGUUGACAUGGAUUUCAUGAAUAACCUUUUAAGUGAACAAUCUGCUGAAACAAGGGUUUUUAAUGGCAUAAAAAAGCGAAGCGGGGAUGCUGAAUUCACCAGUGAAAAGGAUUCUGAGGGGAAUGAGGAUGUGGAAUCUUCUAGUAUAUCAAACGGGAGGGUUAUAGAUGAUAACAAAAGCCAUAUAGAUAGUUGUAUUCAGAGCCAUGAUAGCUCUAGCUCAUCAAACUUGACUGAAGGGAUCCAGUCUUUGAAUUUGAGGAGCCAACUGAACUCAUUAAAGAAAGCACCUUUAAGAAGGAAGCCAAAAAUCAUACGCUCAGUAAAAGAAGCAAGGGAGUAUCUCCUGCAAAAACAAGAUCAACAAUCUCAAGUUGGUGAUAUUCCUACCACUGCUGCUGUGAAAGAUGAGGAAAUGGACAGCUAUUUCCGGCAGAGAUCAGGAGAGGAUGGCAAAGCACCAGAGUCUUUUGAUGUAGACAGGAUAGUGGAUCCUGUCUCUGCUCCAAAAGCUUUUGAUUUUUAUGCUGAAAAACGAAAUGAACUUUCGGCGACUAGUACUAAUGGAUUUCAAAAUGAAACAGAGAGUGGAUUGAAGAAGAUCAGAACUUCUGAUCGACCAACUGCUGAAAACUCAGAUGUUGAUACUGCACUACACUUGGGUAAAACAAUGAAAACUAGUGACAUGUUAAAUCCCAAUGAUUCACGUCAAAGAUCGGACCACAUUCCUGGUGAAAAAGAUUCUUGUGGUGCUAGUCAGGAAGUUCCCCUCUUGGCUGAACAAAGCUCAGAAGAAGUCGAUAAAUUGUACGAAAGGCCCAAACCUAGUGAUUUGAGUGAAAUAUCAGACCUUGCGUCUGGCAAAAAUGCAUCUCAUGUUGCCAGUAAAUCUACUGAAGAAUCAGGAGUCCUUCAUGAAAAUGUUGUUCAUGACGCCAAUCUGCAGAACAAGGUGUAUCUCUCUAAUGACGGUAUCAACGGAACUGUCAAUCUUACUGAAUUUUAUGAGACAUUUAUCCCUGGGGUUGUUGGAAGGGAUCUAAAUGGCUCUGCGUCAGUGGAAUAUGCAUCUGAACCAUUAGAAAUAAAAGAUGAAGAUAAGUACAGGAAGAAUCAUGUCGAAAGUAAAUUUUCAACUGCCGAAACUUUCCAAGAUUCAGAAAGUAGUGUAGAUGACAGGGAGGGAGAGUUGCUUGCUGACAAAGAGAAGUGGCUGGAGAAGAAUUUUCAUGAAGUUGAGCCCAUUGUGAACAAAAUAGGGAGUGGAUUCAGGAAUAAUUACAAUGUCGCAAGAGAGAAGAUAAAGGAGUUGGAUGCAGGGUUGGACUUGAUGACACUUAGGUCUAUUAAGGAUAGCACAGAACUUGAGUGGAUGCAGGAUGAUAAACUUAGAGAUAUUGUUUUUAGAGUUCGAGACAAUGAGUUGGCUGGCCGGGAUCCUUUCCAUUCUAUGAAUCCCGAAGAUAAAGCUGCAUUCUUGAAGGGCCUUGAAAGUAAAGUUGAAAAGGAGAAUCAGAAGUUAUCAAUACUGCAUGAAUGGAUCCAUUCAAACAUUGAAAAUGUUGAUUAUGGAGCAGAUGGUAUCAGCAUAUAUGAUCCACCAGAAAAAGUCAUACCCCGAUGGAAAGGUCCACCACUGGAUGAUAUCGCUGAGUUUCUGAACAACAGCAAAGAUCAACAGGUAGCAGAAUCUCUUCAAAAGGUGAAAGAUACUAUAAAACAUGAUAAUUUUGAGGCAUCCCAAGAAGCCUCUAUCUCAAAGUCAACAUCUAAAAGAAAGGUUGCUAAAGUUUCAAAGACUGUAAUAGAGGCAAGCGAUGGUUCAAUUAAACCUGGCAAGAAGUCUGGGAAAGAAUUCUGGCAGCACACAAAGAAAUGGUCUCGUGGGUUCGUGGAAUCUUAUAAUGCGGAAACUGAUCCUGAAGUGAAAUCCACCAUGAAGGAUAUAGGGAAGGAUUUGGAUAGGUGGAUUACUGAAGAAGAGAUACAAGAUGCAGCUGAUUUAAUGGACAAAGUUCCUCAAAAGGGCAAGGAGUUCAUAGAGAAGAAACUAAGCAAGGUAAAGAGAGAAAUGGAGUUGUUUGGGCCGCAAGCUGUAGUAAGCAAGUAUCGUGAAUAUGCUGAAGAUAAGGAAGAGGAUUAUUUGUGGUGGCUAGAUCUUCCACAUUUGCUGUGCAUUGAAAUGUAUAAUUAUGAAGGCGAAGAGCAAAAGGUUGGAUUUUAUUCAUUAGAAAUGGCCGGAGAUCUUGAGAUUGAACCAAAGCCACAGCAUGUGAUUGCCUUUGAAGACCCUGGUGAUUCCAAGAACUUUUGUUAUAUUAUGCAGUCUCAUUUGGAAAUGCUUGGCAAGGGAAAAGCAUUCAUUGUUCCACAGCCUCCCAAAGAUGUUUUUUGGCAAGCUAAAGCAAAUGGUUUCGGUGUCACUGUCAUUAGGAAAGGGGAGUUAAAGCUCAAUGUGGAUCAACUACUUGAAGAGGUAGAGGAAUUGAUCACCGAGAUAGGAAGCAAGAUGUACCAUGAUAAGAUCAUGCGGGAGCGCUCUGUUGAUAUAAACUCUUUGAUGAAGGGGGUAUUUGGUGUUAGUCCCCCCUCCAAGAGAAGAAGAAAGAAACGAGCACUGAAGAGACCGAGCAAAUCAUGAAUAUUGAGCUCAGAAGUUUUUGUUGCAUGAAAUUUGUUAAUUUGUUCAGGCGGGAUUUCGAGUAACAUAUAUAGUUGGUGGUCAUCUGGUUGAGCUUGAGAAGCAUCACUCCUGAUGAAGUUGUAAUAUGCCAGGAUUUCCGAUUCUCCAAAAGUACCAAAAAGUUGCUUAAUUGACCCAUAGAAGUAGAACCUCUUACAGAAAAUCUGACUUAUAUCUAAGUAGUCGGAAACUAAGUAAGCAACUUCCUUCAUUUUAUGGAAUAUAAACAAAGCAAAAAAAAAAACCUCGUGUUCUUCGUAUGUUGUUAAUGAGAUCUAUGGCUGUGUUGAACUGGCGGUUUCAUCUUCGAGUUUUUGUU